GACACCGAGAUGCAGUUUAUCAAGCGUAAAUGCAGGAAUUCUUCAUAUUUUCCGUCCGGUGCCCACGUAAAUCACCACUCGAAUGCACUUUGAAAGCACAGGUACAUCCACUCUAAUAAGGAUGAUUCAUACCUUAAAGUGAGAAUAGAAACAAAAGUGAAUCGCCGAUUCUUGCACGAAGCACAACGUUUUCUAUAUAUAUAUUUUUGUGAGUCGAUUUCAAUUCGAAAGAAUACUGGUUGUCAUUAAUUUAACGAAAGUGACUAAAAAUAGCGACAGAAAGAGUCAAAUGUAACAGCGCAUUCUUACAUCUUACGAUGGGCAACAGAUGGCACUGUGAUAGAGUCCAUGCCUGUUGUUCGGGUGUUUUACGGGUGAACUGUAGCAGCCUAGCGAGGAUUUAAGAAGUAUUUGAGCUUGUAACACGAACUGCAGUGCAUACAUCAUUGGGAAUUUGGAAAAGGAAGACAUUUGCUGUGCUGUAAAUGAUAUAGAAUAAGUGGAAAGUCGCAAAUAGCUUCGAAAAAGGGACUUUAGUUCUAUCGUUCCUUAGCAGUCGGUGGCAAGUGCUGUGCGGUCGUAACUUGCUAAUCAUUUGGUGCCGUGAAAAUUCGUGUGCUGAUAACGGUGUAUGAACAGAAGAGAAUAGUGCUCGUAUUCCAACUCGUUUCGGAGGUCGUUUUUGCCGAAUUUUGCACGAGAGGACCCCCAUGCAUCAUCUAACGAAAAGGUUUAUAUUUCCCGUCUUAAAAAUGAGUGAUGACAGCUGGGGAUACCACCAUUAACUGGGGCUUCAAAUGUUUAUGGCUCUGACUGGAUUCCAAACAAUUCAGAUUUAACAAUGAUGUCAGUUACCUGCGUGCUGUUGGGUGUGGCCGAAGUGAAACUCCCACUUCGACGGCUUCCUCCGAACAAGCGAGUUCGCGUGGCUAACAUCGCUCACAGGGCUGUCCUGGCUCCGGAACCAGCUCCGGGAGAGGUCUCCGACGAACUGGAGGAGCAGCGUCAGGCCAUCGGGGUCAUCGACGCUUACUACGCCCUGGAUGAAGUGAUGGUCCAGAUCGAGAGCGACCUGUGUGAGGUGAAGAGAGGCCAAGACGUCGUGGUGAUGCACAAGGUCCGGGACGUCAUCAUCAUCACGCCCAUCAAGGACAUUCCCACUCGGGUCGUCUACAUCAGCCGGAACGACAGCUUCGGUCGCGCAGCUGUCGUCCUGCAGAUGAGGUCGGCCAUCGAGGUGGAGAAGCUGCUCAGCUUCUUCCCGGAAGCUGUGCCUGCCACCGUGGGGCCCACCUUGCCCGGCAAUGAACUGACAGUCCAGACACAACGGGAGCCCAAGUCCUCCUGGAGUAAGGGCAUGGGAAAGAAAUUCACCUCAAUGUUCGCAUCCCUCACGACGUCUACAGGAAGUAGAAAAUCCUCACCAAAGGCUCCUGGUAAACUGUCACCAUCACCGGAUACUCCAGAGCCCCCGACACCAGAGGCAGUGAGUUCUUCUGAUUCAGAAGAUGAACUGGAAUCCAAUCCUGAUGACACAGACUGUCAGUCGGAAGGGAAGUACUAUGAGGAAAUGGGGCUAGAUGCCAACGUGCAAGAAAGACUGUAUGAUGAUUCCAUAGAAACACUCUCGAGAAAUAGCUCUUCUUCCGCUGAGUCUAAUUCUUUGGCAAUUGAGUGUGAGCUUCGAUUCUUCCUUGAAAGUGACAAAGAUUUUGUUAAAACACUACAGAGCUUGGAAGACGACAGGGAACAACUGGCGGGACCUGAUACGCCUCAGUUUAUCAGAGAAAAUCUGACCCUGUUGUUCAUGCAAGUCAAGUCUCUGAUACGUUUGCACACAGAACUACACAGUGAAUUUCAAACGAGUGGCUCUAGUGUUAAAAAAAUAUGCGAAGCCAUUACUCGGCAUCAAGAUGAUUACGAGAGUUACGUUUAUUUCAUGGAAAAUAUACCAAUAGUUGACAGAAUCAUCCAGGAUCACAUGGAUUAUUUUAAAGUUCGUAUGCCAGAGCUACCAGAAAAGCUGAGAAAACCUCGAAUGAGAUUGCAUUACUACGUACUGACUCUUGAGACUAUACAUAAGAAAUGUUCAAUCUCUGCAGAAAAACAGGUCCUUCAAACAGCGAUGGAAAUUCUGAAGGUUCCUCUGAAGAAGGCAGACUCGAAACUCUUUCUUGGUGCUGUUACUGGAUCGCCAUUCGAUAUCAGUGACCUUGGUAACUUGAUUCGGCACAGUGACCUUCAGUUACGAAAAGGAGGAGACUUGCCACGUCGCACUUACCACGUUUUAGUUCUUCAGACUUUGCUCAUACUGACUGUGUCGCGAGGUAGAAAUUAUCAGUAUGUCACAAGUUUUCGUAUGGAUCAAGUAGGCCUUGGAAAGCUUGAAAGAGGUGUCAUGUUUACUCUGCACGUUAGGAACGGGCCAAGAGGUUCCAGUGUACCUCAUGUGUUUAAAGCUAAAAAUAUCAAUGUACAGCAACAAUGGAUAAACGUUUUAAAGGAGAUCCUAACUGAUAGAGUACAAACAGUCAAUUCCAGGAACAGUGCCAUUGAAGGAGAGUCUGGUGUAUUAUCAAGUGUAAGGCGCAGCAAAGUACGACGAGGGCAGUCUUUCGAGAAAUCUUCGAUGAGAAUCAUAUCUCCGACCCCAGCGAGUGAUUCAGAUGACCUUGAUGAAGACAGGCCUGGAUUAGGAAGAAGUGUGAGUGAUGGCUCACACUUCGGUGGGAGGCACAUUAUGAUCAAGAAGAGCAAUAGUAGUAUAUUAAGCCGGAACAAACCAUUGAUAAGGCAACAGAGUGCAACUUUUCCAAGCUGCAAUCAAAACUCCAUUAACUGGAAAAAUUCAGAGAGGCUGCCACCGUUGACAAUUGAGGCAGUGUUCCCAAGCCUUCAAAAAGUUGUCCUCUAUGAUAAAGAAUCUCUGGAAAUGAGUGAGAAUCAUUGCUCUCAGAUAACUACAUUAUCAGAUCAUGAGAAAAAAUAUGUUCAUGGUGUCAAUGAGCAACUCGGUACUUUUCUUAAUGAUGAAUUCUCCAAGCCACCCCCAUGCAUUAUAAAUCACAUGAGAGCUCUAUACGCCUUUCAUUCUUGUCAUUUUGCACCGCUUUUGCUGACAGCGUGUGACACAGGUGACCCAGAGGAAAUUGCCCGAUGUUUCACUGAAAAUGCAGAAGAAUUUCUAGAGCUUUAUGCAGUUUUUCUGGCAGAUCGUGCUCGUUACGAUGAACAGAUGAAGGAAAUGGAUUUGCGAAACAUUUAUCUGUACCCAGUCUUGCAUUUCGAACUCUAUUUCAAAAGUCUUACUAAGUUUAAGAAACAUAAUAAAGACAAGGAAAAGAAUGUUAUCGAAGAAGCCAUCGAAGUUCUUCAUCAGUGUGCUUUGGAAUCCAAUAGAAUCCUGCUAACAGAAACAAUUAGUGGAGCUCCGUUUGACCUGGGUGAAUGUGGACCCGUUUUGCAUGAAGGGAAAAUUAAGGUGCGUCAAGCAGGAAUGAUUCUGAAGCAGGAAAUGUAUGUUGUUCUCCUCAACACACUGAUUCUUCUCCUUGAGCCACGCAUCCCUUGUUACAAGUACAUUGACUCAAUUCGUAUGGACACUGUUGGCAUGGGACCAUCUCCAGAUACGCUCACCUUCCAACUCGAAGUGCGAACAGAAGCAACAAAGACUUUAACCUACAGUUUCAGAGCUCCUACUAGGAUUGCAAAAAGUCAGUGGGAAUCAGAAAUCACCAAGUUGCUAAACAAACAAGUGGAACUUCUGAAAGAGAGGCUAAAGAAAAGGUUAGGAGAUGACGAAGGCAAUAUGAAAUACAUUGAAAUGAAAGGAGACACUGACCUUCACAGAAUACACCCAAGAUUAAAAACACCUCUUGAGACCUCACUCUGACAAAGGGAGUGUUUUUACUCGUGUGAUGAGUCAUGUGGCAGUGGGACUGAGUAGUUUUAAUUAAGCCAUGCCUUUUGAUAGUGUGUCUUGAACACCGUUGUUUUUUAGGUUUUAUAAAAUGUAUCAAAAUCACAUUUUGAAUAUGGGUGGAAAGUGGUGGCGAUAAAUGCAGUGAGAGACAAGGUCUGCCAUAAGAUAACGGAGAAGUUAAAAUUAUUUUUGUUAGGCAUCUUAAUAAUGUUUCAUUAAUCUGUCUAUGUUUGCCUCAACUGUAAGUGUUACCUGUGAAAAAGUUGUUUAAACGUUUAGAGCAUCAUGGAAGAGUUCACUCAGAGAAAAACUAAAAGCUGUCAUGAGAGAUACAGAAAGCACCAGCUUCGCAAACAGGCAAUGAACUGGGUCACUGAAAAUGGCGGCAGAAAAUGAUGUGGUAUUGUAAGAUUCUUGUAAAUUUGAAAGAAAAUGAAGGAAAAGUCCGUUGUUACUGUGAAAUGUGCACGUUACGAAUAAUCAGAACAUAACUUUAUUUGAUGUUAUUGCUUAAAGAAUGAUUACUUUAUUCAUAUACUUAAAGUUACUAGUAUUAAUUGAGGAAUUUUGUCUGUCUGUCCACUCUACUAUAUCAAUGGAAGAGUAAGCUCCGCAUUGCACCUAAAUGUUAUUUAUAUAUCAUCAAGGAAAACUUUACUGUACUCUCAAUGAUAGCUCUCUUUUGAACUCCUUGGCAUACAUACAUUAGUUUGAAAAAUCGUAUUUUUGCCUCUAAAAAGUAACAUUCUCUAUAAAUGUUUUCAAGGCUUCGUUCAGUUUCUGUUUUAAGUAGAGCACACUUAAAAAAAGUGGAACGCAUGUUAUCUUUUUAAUACUUAGGGCUCGUAUGGAAAAUGCACAAGUAUUUCCAGACUAUAAAUGCUCCUUUGGUGUAAGUUGUGUUCUGAUUUUGUUGAACAAAUUAGGUACAGUGUAGUACAAAAGUAGAUCCAGAGGACACACUAGCAUCACUGACUCCUUGUUUGUCGUAUCUGUCGCGAUGCUUUCAUCAUUCAUGGGAAUUAUAAUUCUAGUAUUAAAUCCAACACAUCAGUGUAUGCCAUGAGAAUGGCAUCGUACUCAUCCUCGUGUUGUAUGAGGUGUUAUGUUGUGAAGCACUCGAUGAAAUAAUUUAGUCUAUGUUCUAUACAUGUUAUCUGUAUGCUACUUUACAACAAGCUACAAUGUGCCAAGAGUUUUCGAUGAUUUCUUUAAUUCGUUUAGGGAGUGAGAUUAGAUUUAGAAUUUUCAUGGAAAUGGCAAACACAUUCCGUUAUUGCACAGUAAGUUGAGAGCGCAACAGAAUUCAACAUGGGGUUGAACCGUAAUCAGGGGAUAAAUGACUAUCACAGUGAAUAUGUUUUUUUUUUUCAACAAAAGCUUGCAGCUCAUCUAAUAUACAUGUAUAUAUAUAGAUAUAUAUUCAAAUUAAUACAUUUGAUAAGUUAUUAAAACCCUUUAUUGUCUGAUAUUUACAGAAUGAUGAGGUUGAACCGUAAUCAGGGGAUGAAUGACUCACAGAGAAUGUUUUUUUUCUCAACAAAAGCUUGUAGCUCAUUUAAUAUACAUGUAUAUAUAUAGAUAUAUAUUCAAAUUAAUACAUUCAAUAAGUUAUUAAAACCCUUUAUUGUCUGAUAUUUACAGAAUGAUGACCUGUAAAGAUGAGUCUACAAUGCUAAGUGCCAAUUUAGUUUGUAAGAUUUUCAGUUCCGCAAAACCAUCUUUUGUUAUUCUUUUUGGGGCAUCAUUUGUAUCUCCUCCAAGAAGAUUUCACUUUAAUUCAGGAUUUCCUUUUAUAAAUGAUUGGUCGAAUAAAAAGGUGUGUAUAGUGAUCAGUAGCUACACUUGCUUUGAGUUAUUCUGACUUAUUGGACUGGAUAAUGCUACUUUAGAUAUUUUAAAGGCUGCAUCUUACAUGCACAUUUUCUGGCAUCUUUUAGUAUCUUUCCACCCGUAUUUGUACUCAUUAGUUGUUAAAUUGUCUAUAAUAAUACUAAAACAAAGUUAUGCAAGACCAUUAAAAUAUCGCAAAAGCACAAAUGGGUAACGACAACAUUUGUUGACAGUGUCACACAGGAUCAUUUUCUGGACACUUUUGGCAUCUUGUUACAAGAAAUUGUACUAGGUAGCCAAGAUUGUGGCAGAAAUGAAGUACACGACAUGACACUGGUGAAUCAUUUACUUCCUAAAGAAAAAAAAAAUACUAGUAAUAAUGCAAGAAUGAAUGUUGAGUGCUUAUUCACGAGCAUACCUUUGCUCAAAUCAUUGACAUGAUCCUGGAUUAGGUUCUACUGACUGGAUAUUGCACUUUUGAACCUGAAUAAACAUUCAGCCAAAGAAA